CCGUGAGGCGCUAGUGAACGCAUCUUGAAAUCGAAAAAUAAAAGAAAAUAUAUUUAAAAAUAUUUACAAUUAUAUAAAAACGGUAUAAUGAAGUCUACUGUUUUGAUCCUGGUUUUUCUGGCUUUAAGCCAAGGUAGAGUGCUGAAUUUACCCAAGGAGGCGAUUGAUAUCCCGGUGACCAUUGUCGAGGAUAAAGAGCCACCAGUGGCCUUAUCUUUGGUCAAAGAGGAGCUUAAACCAGAGGAAGUUAAGCCAGUGGCUCAAGAAGAAAAAGCCAAGGAUCUGAAGGAGGAAAUUCCCAAAGAAAUUAAACCUGAGGUUAAGGAGGAGAUUAAACCUGAGGUUAAACCUGAAAUUAAAGAGGAGAUAAAGCCUGAGGUUAAACCCGAAAUUAAAGAGGAGCCCAAGGAAAAGCUUGAAGAGCAGAAGCUCAAGGAGAAAUCUCUGGAAAUCAAGGAGCAACCUCAGGAAAUCAAGGAGGAAGUAAAGCAACCUGAAGAAAUCAAAAAGGAGACUCCAGAAAUCCAGGAACAACCUGCUGAUAUUAUUCUAAAAAAUCUCCCAGCUGAAGAGGCAGUUCCCAAGCCCUCGGAGGAACUUUCCCCCAAUCCUUUGGACCAGGAUCAGUCGGAAAAUCAGGAUCCCGCUAAUCCACAAGUCCGUCAGGCCACCCAGGCCACGCCCACUCAGCAGACAACCACGCAGGGCAACUUUGUGCAGCAAUUGAUACAGAAUUCGCCCAUUGGUCAGUUUCUGAAUCAGUUCCAGCCUCAGCCAGCUGCCAAUCCUCCUGCUCCUGCUGCAGUUCAGGCUGAUGAUGCUGCCGCUGCUGCUCCUGCAACUCCGGCGCCCACAGUUCCCGGCUUCCUCAAUCCCCAGGCGGCCAUCACCUCCGCCCAGCAGGCAGUGCAGAAUGCCGCCCAAAGCGCCGUGAAUGCCACCACUCAGGCUUUCCAGGGUAUCCAACAGUUCGCCAGCAAUUUGGGUAAUCAAUUCCAGAAUACCCUAUCCUCUUUGACGGGCCAACAGCAGCUGGCUGUUUCGACUACCGCACGUCCACCGGGUCCCAUUCAGCAGUUUGUGAACAAUGUUUUUGGAGGAAAUACAAAUGCCACGGCUGCUGCUGCCCCAGCUGCCCAGCAAAGUGGUAAUCCUCUACAGGGUAUCAUCAAUUUCCUGGGCGGAAAUCGUCCUCAGAAUGCCCCAGCCGCCGCUCCAGCUGCUCAGACCCCCGAAAAACCCGCUGUAGAUGAUAAAAUCGAUCCUGCCCAGGAUGAGGUGGCUGAAUAUAAUCCCGAGGCCGAGAAUGAAGUGCGUACGAGUGGCGAGACUAUCGAUGAUUCCUUCGAGGAUGCUGCCGUGCCCACCAACGAAGUGAUCGUGGUCAACGACGAUGCUGGGGAAGUCGUCGAUCCUGUCCCGAAUCAACCUAUUGCCACCGAUGCAGUGGCUCUCUAAGGGUCUAAGAUUCCCUUAGUUAACUCUAAAAACCGACUGAUGCCAUUUUCAUCGCACAUUUUUCGAUUUUUCGAUUGAGAAUGAGAGAAGGGAAAAUGCUUCUUUAGUUUUCUAAGUGCAUGCACCGCCAACAAAUUAUUUAUUUCAUACUCAGCCCAGGAAUUUAUCUAUAAACAAAAAUGAGAGAAUACAAAUCAUUAAA